CUGCAUUUUGGGGCUAUGGUGGAUUUUCCAUCUCCGGGAGCGUUUGCAUCAAGACUGGAGCUCUUUAAAAGCGAUGGGUGGGACCUUUCUGGAGAAAUCCUUGGGGGAGGGUCCUUGCUCUGUGCUGCGUGGAAAGUCAGGGUGAGCUGCCUGCAAAAUCCAGCACUCAACCUGGAUGCAAAGGAAGCAUCUGGAGUCAUGGAGCCAAUAGAAAAACCGAUUCCUUCCAGACCCCCCCACACGCUGCGGCAAAGCGAGCAUGAAGCACUGCCUGGGAUGUGUCUCACGUUGACACCACUGGGUGCAUCUGCAGCAAGCUGUGGCUCUGCCCAGUCUUCUUUCAAGACCCGGCCUGGAGACGACGAGAUGAAAAGAAGCCUUAAAACAGAGACCCACAGCUCCUUGAAAACAUGCCCUUCCAUUGCAGAGCUGGAACCAGGGGACUUGAUUGAGAUCUUCCGCUUCGGAUACCAGCACUGGGCCAUCUACGUGGGAGACGGCUAUGUUGUUCACCUGGCCCCCCCUAGUGAGGUGCCUGGAGCAGCCUUUGCCAGCCUGAUGGCCACCCUGACCAACAAGGCCCUGGUGAAGAAGGAGCAUCUCCAGGAUGUGGUGGGGAGGCACCGCUACCGGCUCAACAACAAGCACGACAGGAAGUUCCCCCCACUGCCAGUGGGGAAGAUUGUGCGGGCCGCUGAGCAGCUGGUGGGCCAGGAGAUGUCCUACAAAGUCACCAGCGAGAACUGCGAGCACUUCGUCACGGAGCUGAGAUACGGCGUGCCCAGGAGCGACCAGGUGCGGGAUGUCUUGGUGGGGGUGAGCGUUGCUGGGCUCGGCCUGGCUGCCCUGGGCCUCCUUGGGGUUGCAGUCCAAAGAAGAAAACGCCAGAACCAGUAACAGACUGAGUGGAUCAGUGGGAUUUGGGUUUUUUUGGAUCCAAGCAGAAGAGACUUUGCAGCUGAUUUGGGGGUGCGCUAGGAGCUUUGUAUGUGUUGCUCUGUCCUCUACAGGGUGAGCAUCCUCCCCACCCCCUCACCAGCACAAUAAUAAAACCAGGAGAUUAGUACAAAGUCA